AAGCCAAUGCAUCUGAAAGAGAACAGUUGCUUAUUCAAAAAAUGCAACAGUGCUGUGUGUUAUUUGACUUUAUUUCGGAUCCACAGUCUGAUCUUAAAUGGAAAGAAAUCAAGCGAGAAACAUUACAUGAAAUGGUAGACUAUUUGUCAUCAAAUCACAGUAGUAAUGUGCUUACUGAAGCUAUAUAUCCUGAAGCUGUAAGAAUGUUUGGAGUAAAUUUAUUUCGUAGUCUACCUCCAUCAAGUAAUCCCAAUGGGGCAGAGUUUGAUCCAGAAGAGGACGAACCUCUAUUAGAAGCAGCCUGGCCUCAUUUACAAUUGGUAUAUGAGUUCUUUCUUAGGUUUCUAGAGUCGCAAAACUUUAAUCCCCAUUUAGCCAAAAACUAUAUUGAUCAGAAAUUUGUUCUUCAGUUGUUAGAGCUAUUUGAUUCAGAAGAUCCACGAGAGAGAGACUUUUUGAAAACUAUACUGCAUCGGAUUUAUGGUAAAUUUUUAAGUUUGCGAGCAUACAUAAGAAAACAGAUAAACAACAUAUUUUAUAGUUUUAUAUAUGAAACAGAACAUCAUAAUGGCAUUGCAGAGCUUUUAGAAAUCUUAGGAAGUAUUGUCAAUGGUUUUGCAUUGCCUUUGAAAGAGGAGCACAAGGUAUUCUUGUUAAAAGUUCUACUGCCGUUACACAAAGUGAAAUCUUUAUCUGUGUAUCAUCCGCAACUGGCUUAUUGUAUUGUACAGUUCCUUGAAAAAGAUCCAUCUCUUACAGAACCUGUUAUCAGAAGUUUGUUAAAGUUUUGGCCUAAAACACAUUCCCCAAAAGAAGUCAUGUUUCUUAACGAAUUAGAAGAAAUUUUGGACAUAAUUGAACCAUUGGAAUUUCGAAAAGUGCUUAAACCAUUAAUACAUCAAUUAGCUAGAUGUGUCUCCAGUCAACAUUUUCAAGUUGCAGAGAGAGCACUUUACUUUUGGAACAAUGAGUACAUAAUGUCACUGAUGUCUGAGAAUGUUGAUGAAAUUUUGCCAAUCAUGUUUCCAGUGUUAUACAAAAAUUCUAAAACUCAUUGGAAUAAAAAUAUACAUGGUCUAAUGUACAAUGCAUUGAAAAUAUUUACUGAAACUAAUCCUGUACUAUUUCAUACGUGCACACAACAAUUUAAAGAAGAUAGGAAGACUGAAGUGGAUAAGUUAAAGAAACGAGAUGAAAAAUGGCAUCGAGUUGAAGAGUUGGCUAAAAGGAAUCCCAAUUUUACAGUAUCCAUUGAUAAUAGUUUGUCAUUUUAUACUGACUUUGCAAGGUCGCCAAUUAACGAUUUAGACCCGACUAUUGAUUUGAAAAGUUUAGAAGAGGAUACCAAGUAUCAUAUUGAUACAGAUAACCGUAAAAAUCGAAAAGAAAAACCUUUAUUGAGGCGUAAAUCUGAAUUACCACAUGACACAUACACUUUGAGGGCAUUAAAUGAUCAUAAGAGAGCCGAUGAAUAUCUAGCUACACCUCCUGAUGUUAAUAAAUGCUAGCCAAUCGUUUCAAUUGUGAUGGCCGUUUUAUUUCUAUACACAGAGUCUAAACAACUAAGG